AUGAGAAAGCGAGGGUGGUGUGCUCAUCCGCGGCAUGUCGAAGUUUUACCAAAUGGGAAAAGGCGUUACUGGAAAACGGGACCAAGACCGUCUCACCCACAAGGGAGAAGAGCAAUCCCCAAGCGAUUAGCCGUAUCAAUCAAUAGUCGCAAUGAGAGUAUACUGAAUGGGACUUCAAAAAAGCUUUCUGAAGAUGAUUAUUUAUGUUCUUCUUGCUUCGCAAAAGAAGAGAAAUACUUCGUGGAAGCGUUGGAUAUGGAUAUUGCUUGUGAGAAUCCACCAAUCACACCAGUGAAUAAUGGAUAUAUUGACGUGAAAGAAGAUGCAAGACAAAAGUUAAACCAAGUGCUACAGUGCGUUGGGAUGGAGAGAAUCAACGAAAUACGAAAUACGAAUCAGAUUGCAAACGCUGUGGAUGAAAUAUACUUUAGGCUACAUGAAUGGAGAAAUGUUCUUUUGCCACUUUCUCAGCGCAUUGAUGAAUCGGAAACAUUGAGUUCACUUGAUCUUUCUAUGGGUGAUGCGAUUUGGAUACUCCGACAACUUCGCCAGUUGUUUGCCAUUAGUGACAAGGAUGAGCAGAAGCGAUUAAUGACCAUGUUACCAGAGAAUUGGGGUCGAGAUCGCAUUGCGAAUUGGUUUAAUGGUUCUGGCAAUCAAGCGCGACGCGCGUUGAAGAUUAAAUCAGCCACUGGAAUUUUGUCUCGUGCUGAAGAUCAGCGAGGGAAUAGACCUCUUGACAAUCAAACAAAACUAGCAGUACACAAUUAUUAUAAUAGCGAUGAAGUGAGUCGCGAAACAUCGUACAAAAAACAAGUUAUUCAUCCUCCUCCAUCAAGAGUUCCUAUUCCUUUGCGUUUUUUACACCUUACUAUUGGCGAAACUUUUCAAAAAUUCAAAAUACAAUACCCUGACGUGCCAAUAAAAAAAUCGAAAUUUUAUGAAUUACGACCAGCAUGGGUUAAAGAGCGAACGCCACAUGAUUCUUGUUUGUGUAUGUUUCACGAGAAUGCGAACUUAUUGCUACAGGCCAUAUCAAAAUCACUUGAUCGUCUCAUUACGAUAAAAACAUUAUUAGAACAAACUAUAUGCUCUUCUCCUUCUGAACAGUGUUAUUAUCGUCAAUGUGAUGGCUGUCGAACUAUCAAAGCAUCUGAUAUUCUAUCGAAUGGUAUUGAUGUCGAAGUUCAAGAUGAAUGCUCAUGGUCGAUUUGGAAGAAGGUACAACUACGCUAUGAACUUCUUCAUGUUACAGGAGCUUUUCAAGCUCUCCUGGGAGAGAUUGACAGUCUAUGGUCAAAUUUUAUUACACAUACAUUCAAUACAUCUCAACAGCGUGAUUAUAUCGCCAUGAUCAAAGAGUUGUCGAGCUUCAGCACAUAUGCUAUAGUGCAACUUGAUUUCGCCCAAAACUUCUCUUUCGUGAUACAAAGAGAAAUUCAGUCGGGAUACUACUGUCGUCAACAAGCAACAAUAUUCACAGUUUACAUAAGAAUUGGCGAUGAGCAUCGAAAUAUGGUUAUAAUUUCUAACUAUCUUGCUCAUGACACACGAUUUGUUUAUUCUGCACAAAAGAUCAUCAUCGAAUUUCUCAAAAAAGAGUAUCGAACCAUUUUAAAAGUUAAUUACGUUAGCGACGGAGCCACCGGACAUUUCAAAAAUAGAUACAAUAUGCACAACUUAGCUCAUCACUAUCAAGAUUUUCACCUUGUAGCAUCGUGGACCUUUAGUAGUACGGGUCAUGGCAAAGGUCCGUGUGAUGGCUUGGGCGCAGUGAUCAAGUUUACAGCAACACACUAUUUGCUGAGGGGAGGUCCGCAGGUAUCCUUCGCUUCCCCAGAAGAUUUUUACAAUUGGUGUUUUCAAAGGAAUGAUCGAAUGGUAAUAGCAAAACCUCGUCCAAAGGGCGGUGCAGACGCAAAUUCGAUUAGCAUUCCAGAACCUAAUCGGCCUAUUGAAGUUCGUUGGCUUCCUUCCGAUACAAUUACCAAAGAGUUCGAAGAAAUCUUAACACACCGAUGGAAUUCUCUUUCUACAAAAGAUCGAAUAACAGGUAUUCGUGAUUAUCACGAAUUCGCAGCUGGCAAAGAUGGUUCGAUAACACUUCGUCGAGUUUCACAGUCUACCAAAACCAUUCUUUAUAAAUUUCGUAGUCAGGUUGCUAGGAUAUCCUCAAUAAACCAAGUGGUCAAGACAUCUGAUUUGCAAAAUGACUUCUUCGUCCUUAUUAAACUUGACGAGAACCUUCGUCUAGCUCAAAUCAAGUCAUUACACCUUGCGCAGUCGCAGCUCACAGUUUCCUGUUUUGAUCCUCCGUUUCCUGCAUCCAGUUUCUACUCCGCAAAAUCGCCGUACUUAUCCAAUCUGACAAUUCCAAUUGAAAUCAUUCAAGCGCGCUUUAUCGAUAAUUCACUACGAGCAACAAACGGCAACGUUCGCAUCAGUUCACAACAAUUUAUUGAUAUUCACAAUUUUUGGGAUGACGACUGA